AUGUUACGAAUGACUCAGGAUCGACAACGCGGAUGGCAAAAUUUAAUGAUUAAUCUACAAGAUCCAGAACCAAAUAAUGCUGUUGCACCGACACCUGUGCUUCUUCCACACAAAUUAGAACCAUCAAAUAAUAACAAUUCACCAGUUUCCGGUCGGGAAUCGGCUGCAUCAAAACCAUCACCAAUAGUGGAAGGCAAAGGAGGUAAUUAUGACUUUUAUCAUGAUCAAUUAGAUCAACAUGCUCAACGGAUGGUCGAAGGAGAAAGAAGAAUGUAUGAAUGGAGAUUAGGUACACUAUCAAAAAUACAUUUUGCUGUAGGUGAUCAUAUGGCUAAACAGAAUCCACAUGUGCAAAUUAUUCAACAACCCGUUAUAGCUAAUCACAAUCGUCCGUCGCCUGUCGUUAAUGUCGGACGAACUCCUAUUCCGAUAAAAAACGAAUAUUUGGAAAACAAACGUCAAGCACAAUUAAAUAAAGCUCGAGGACAGGGUAUCCUAGGAGGAGGUGCGGCUGCUGCAUUAAAACCAAAUCAACCAAAUGUUAAUAAGUUUGCUGAAAUGAAUCAGAAUUUAGAACAAAUUCGACGAAAAAAUUUGAUAGAUCGUCGCGAUGUUAAAAAAUCAUCUGCUUACGACAAUGUCAAAUCACCACAAAAACCACCAAUUAUCAAACCUGGUACUCCUGUUGAUGAACGAUAUCGAUCAGCAUAUGAUCGUGAUGCUGUGACAGAAGCAGAAAAAAAAAAAGCGCAAGAAGCUUUGCAAAAAAUCGAACCGGUUAACAACAAUUUAACAGAAGUAAUAAUCAAUUUACAAAAUAUUGGUGCAAAACCAAAAAAUGUAGACAAAAAAGCCUACUUACAACAAUUAAAUAAAAAAUGGAAUGAACAAGGUGGACCACAACAACGACAGCAAUGGACUGAUCAUACUGCUGACGUGUCAAUACUUAAUAAAUAUUCUCCGAUGAAUGAUUCAACGGCAAUUCGACCACAGUGGGGUGUACAAGCAGGAACGGUAUUGAAAGUACUUGAACAAGCCCUAGUAUACGAUGCAACAUUAUCAACUACAACAGAUUCGUCAUCACCGUUCAGUUUGAAAAAUGUUGCACAACGUAUCGAUCAACAACGUGAACAAUCUACAGAGAAAAGGAAAAACGACACUUAUGUCAUCAACAAACCAUUAAAGCCAGACAUUCCCAAUAUUAAAUUCGAUGCUGAACCAGAAAAACUAGUGAACACAGAUUUAAUUGUUCAAGAUCUUGAUCGUACUGUUACACCAAAUACAAAGUCAUCAGAGGAGAAAAUUGAUUUGUUUCAAGGUUUAUUCACCGGUCAAUUCGAUGCUAAAAAUAAAAAACUACUCCGAACUGUAUCCAAUCCCGAGCUUCAUAAACUAGUUUUAGUUGAAGAAAAACCUAAUCGCAGUUUAUCGGAUGUUGACCAUGAAGAACAGGAACAGUCUAGUGAACGAAAACUAUCAUUACCGUUGGACAAUAAGAGUGCUAACAAUCAAUCUGAAAUAAAACAAUCAUUAUCAAAUACAAUAAUUAAAUCUGAUCAUGAGCCAACAUUCAUUAUAAGUGGAAGUUCGGAUGAGAGUGAACAUGAAGAGGAGGAAGAAGAUAUGAAAACGUUGCGUGAUACAUUGGCAUCAUAUUUAGUUGAGAAUGAUGAUGAAGAAGACAAUAAAAAUAGUUUAGAUAAACAAACAAAACAUUCAUCAUCUGAACCUGUAAUAGUGACGAAAUCAAAAGAUGUUACACAUAAAAGAAGUGCCAAUAAUUCAAUUACAGCUGAUGAUAUUGACGAUGAUGAUGUUUGGUGUAAUGAAGAAGACGAAGAAAACCUAGUAUUUAAGGUGAAAUUCGAUCUUGAAAAAGAAGAAGAAUUGAGAAAAAUACUUGGAAAUGAAACAUUAGAGAUAGUUCGUGAAGCCUUAAAAAGAGUUGAAGCUGAUACUCAAACCAUUGCCAGUUUAGUUCCUGAAGAUAAACGUCAUUUAUUAAAUUCUGAUGCAUUACUAACAUUAUUAUCCAUGAAUGUUGGUCAAAUAUCUAAUUGA